AUGUAUGAGGCAGCCAUUGAUGGUGAUGAACAAUAUUUUGAUCAUUGGCUUACAACAAUGAAAAAGAAUGGUUUAUCCAUGACAACUAUCAAGAGUAAAAUUGAAACACUUGAUCAUGAACAAUAUUCAAUAUUACAUUAUACCAUUCGAUAUAAUCAUUUGAAUUUAUCGCGGAAAAUUAUUGAAGGAUUUCACUUUGAUGUUAAUCUUGUUGGUCGUGAUGGUGAAACUCCAUUGCAUACAGCAGCUCGCUAUGAAAUAUUAAGUCAUAAUAGCAUUUUGAAUGAUCACACGAAAUUAAUUGCAAUGCCACCUUCGAUUGAGCAAAAUGUAAUAACUUAUUUAGUUUCCUGUCAAGCUGAUUUAUCAAAAAAAGAUUAUCAUGGUCGUACACCUCUUCAUCAUGCUGCUAUGAGAAACAAUUAUAAUAGUGCUAAACAAUUGAUUGAACUCGGUGCUUCGAUUAAUAUUUUCGAUGGCAAUAAUGCAACUCCACUUCAUUUUGCAUCUCGAUUUAAUUCUAUUGAUUGUGUUCGUUUAUUGAUUGAACAUCGAGCUAUUAUCGACCAACAAGAUGCUAACGGAAACACACCGUUACAUUGUAUUGCUCUAUCUCAACAGAUUCUAUUUAAUAGUAGUGACGAAAUUCAUUUUCUUCAAAAUACAACAACUGCUCAUUUUUUAUUACAUCGUGCAGAAGACUAUCUUCAAUCUUAUCUUGAAAUCGAAAAUAAAGAGAGAAAAACUGCACUGAGCGUCGCUUGUGAAUAUGGUAAUAUUAAUCUAGUUCGAAUUCUACUUAUCUACGGAGCGAGCAUUCGGAACUACAUGCCGAUUCAUAUGGCAGUUAAAUCGGGUAAUGUUGAUAUUGUUCAAUUGCUACUUCAAUAUCAAGUUCCAUUGACGUCAACAAAUAUAUACGCAGAAACUCCAUUACAUAUUGCUUGUAAAUUUAAUCGAAUGGACGUAUUACAGAUUCUGAUUAAUUAUCAAAAUGAAAACUUCGAUUUAGAAGUUCGAGAUUAUCAAGGAUAUACACCAUUAUUAACAGCGAGCUAUUUUGAUCAUUUUGAUUGUAUUAGAAUUCUUUUACUUAAUCAUGCAAAUAUUACAGCAAUUGAUAAUCAUGGUAAAAAUAUUUUACAUAUUUGUAUUGAACAACAUUGUGAAAAUGCUUUGCAUCAUUGUCUUAAAUGGAUUCAAGAAGAUGUUCGUAGUUGUACCAUGUUUAUUCGAGGCGAUCGACAUGGAAAUACUAUACUUCAUGCAGCUAAGUAUCGAAAUUCGUUUUUAGCAGCGAAAAAUGGUUCAUUUCAAACAUGUGACCUAUUGCUUGAUACUUUAAAACAGAUUUUACUACGAACCCAACAGUCACACAAUAAUAGAAAUUCAUUUAUUAACGAAUAUUUAUCAUUAAUUCUUAAAAAGAAUAUUGACAAACGAACACCAAUACACGAAACAGCUAAAAUAGGUAAUAUUGCUAUGCUUCAAUUUUUCUUCUGUAUAAUUCGCGAUGAAAAUCAAACCGACGAAUAUGAACAAGAUAAAAUUACACUUUGUGAAGAUUAUGACGAUGAAUUUAAAACAAGUUUACAUCUUGCUGCAGCCGAAGGUCAUCACAAAAUCGUACAACUACUUAUCGAUCAAGGUGCUAAUGUUUGGUCAUGUGACAUGAAUAGUUCGACUCCACUACACGAAGCAGCUGCUCAUAAUCGUUACCAUUGUGUAGAAAUUCUUCUUGAUCACCAAGCGCCAAUCAAUCAAUUCGAUGGAAAACAAAAUACGCCACUUCAUCGAGCUAGUCAAUAUGGUCAUUGGAAAAUAGUUCGUUUAUUACUUAAUUAUAAUGCUGAUGUACGCCUUGUGAAUUCUGAUGGUUAUAACAGUUUAGAAGUUGCUAUUUUAAAUAAUCAUCAAUUAACUGUACACGAAUUUCUCAAUCAUAAAACAUGGACGAAAUCAUUACGCAAUGCACAAAUACCAACCCUAUUGAAUUCAAGCAGUAGUAAGUAUGAAAGUCUAUCAACACCAUUAAGAAAACUUAUUCGCUAUAUGCCAAAUGAAGCUGAUCAAGUUUUUACACGAUCUAUGAUUGAAAUAGGAGGCUCAGAAGACAAUUCGUACAAGAUUAUUUUUAAUUAUGAAUUUCUUGAAGAUCAAUUUUCGAUUUUUAAAUGGAAACAAGAUUCUCCCAUUCAUUCAAUCGAUGUAGAACAGAAGAAAACUAAAAUAUUCAAUCUAUUAUCGGUUUUUAAAUCUCGACAACAACAAGAAAUCAACAUGAAACAGACAUCUCAACUUAAUUCUCAUGUAGAUACACUUCGACAAAAUCAUCCUCUCUAUAUGAUUAUUACUUAUCAUCAAUAUGAUCUACUCAAGCAUCCACUUAUCGAUCGAUUAAUUGAACGAAAAUGGGUUCAAUUUAGUCGAACGUUCUUUUGGAUUCUAUUUCUUUUUUAUGCAUCAUUUACUUCGACAAUUCUUCGUGUUCACCAUCCUCAAUAUUAUUAUUCGCUCUUUAAUGCAUCGAUUUCAACAGUGAGCUGCGAAACAAUAUCAUUAAAUCUUCUUCGCCAUGAAUCAUUUAUAUUGACAAAAAAAAAUUUCUAUGAUACAAUGAUAAAAUGGCUUUUAUUUAGUACCAUAUUAAUUCAUAUUAUUAAAAAUAUUCUAUUAAUUUGUAUACGUUUUAAAAUGUUUUUUGGUUUAUCAAAUAUUUUAGAAUUAAUCGCAUUAAUUUUAAGUAUUAUUUUUUCACAUGAUUUCUAUUCGUGGCAAAUGUCUAUUCGUUUUCGAUGUUCAUUUCAAUGGCAAUGUGGAGCAUUUGGCAUUCUCAUUGGAUGGAUAACAUUAAUUAUUUACGUUCAAUUUCUUUCCGCUUCUGGAAUCUACGUCGUAAUGUUAGAAGUAAUUCUUCGAAAAUUUCUUCGUUUUAUACCAAUAUUAAUUAUAUUUAUUCUUGGUUUUGGUUUAUCAUUUCAUAUGUUACUGCAAAAUCAAAAUGUUUACAAUCAUACUUUUGAUGCAUUGAUUCGUACGAUUUUAAUGUUGACAGGCGAAUUCAAUUAUGAAGAGCAUUUGUAUCGUCAAGAGAAUGAAAACAAUCGAUACUAUUAUCAAAUUAUAUUUUUACUCUAUCUAUUAUUUUGUAUAUUAAUGACAAUAUUAAUUAUGAAUUUGCUUGUAGCAAAUGCUGUUGGUGAAAUUCCACCAUUGAUCGAACGUGCUAAUGUGAAAUCUUCAAUAAUGCGUAUUAAAUUAAUUAUGGACUAUGAAAUAUUGCUAUCAACCUUUGAAUUUUUUAUUCCAUAUUUAAAAAAACGCGUCAAAUUAUUAAUUGAUAAAAAUCAAAAUGAAAUUAUCUAUCCGAAUAAAAUUCAUCGAUACAAACAUAAAUAUUAUCAUAUAAAAAAGUUUUUGUCCGAUCGAAAAAAACAAUCCGUAUUGAAAGCAAACGAAGAAAAAAUUGAACAAAUUAUUCAAGAAAACGUAUCGGAACUUUACAAAAAAUAA